AGAGUCGCUUCUAGGGUUCGUAGAUACGAUAAAAAGGAUUUAGCUGUCCACUCGAAGAAAACUACAAUCUGGGCUUCGAGAGUGAGAAAGUGACGAAAUUUGCCGGAAAAUUACAGACUGGACAUGUGUUCUGGAAGUGAUAUUAAUCUUUUAAGCUAUUGGUCAUUCUAAUUAUCCAACCUGUAGCUUUUGACCUAUUGGGGAUACCUCUUACACCAUUCUCUGUUUUGCUUCCUAUUGGAUAAAUACGGUCUAUCAUAAUUUUCAUUUCCUUUUAAGCUGUUUCCCAUUUCUAAUUACUUGCUCAUCCCCUCGUUUUGUUUGCUCAUUUGCUUUGAGUGCAUUGGUCCUAUAAAAUUGAUAUAGACUGAAUGUUUGGCCUUGUUCUUUCUUUUCCGGCAUUGGUCAUUGUCUAUAUUUCAAGAUAUUCAAUGCUUCGUUGGUUUUGUACCUUAUUAGCAUCAUGCUCCUACAAUUGAGCAUUCUUUCUUGCCUGUUCUUGUUUGUAGUACAUUUUGUCACCCCUUGUUUUAACUUUGUUCACUUUGAAACUCCUCGGAACCAUACCUCAUGGAUCCAAUUCAAUCAAUUUUCUUACUCUGGAGCUCCUUAUACCCUUUCUUUUUGCUAUUGCCGAUCCACAAUUUUCUUCUUUCUUUUGCAAAUGUAUCCGGCUUCUGCACUUUCCUCAGAGCGGCUAUAGAAGUUUGUUUUCUUGGAGAUAUAAGAUGCCAAGAACCAGGGCCAGUGCUGCUAAAUCUGCUGAACCUGAGAAGCCUGUUGAGGAUGAAGAACAGGUUGAACUUGGUGCUGACAAUGACAUGGAUGAGGAGGAAGUUGAGUAUGAAGAAGUAGAGGAAGAAGAAGAAGAGGAAGUUGAGGAAGAGGUUGAAGAGGAAGUUGAGGAAGAGGAGGAAGAGGAGGAAAAUGAUGCACGAAAGGAACCUGAUGGUGAUGAUGAAAUGGAAAAUGCUGAAGGUGAGGACGUGAAGAGAGUGCAUGCCGGACUUCUUGCACUUCCUGAACAUGGUUCAGAGGUGUACCUUGGUGGAAUUUUGCAAGAUACUUCUGAAGAUGAACUGAAGCGCUUUUGUGAAUCAAUUGGGGAGGUUACAGAGGUCAGAAUAAUGAAGGGAAAGGACUCAACCGAGAACAAGGGUUAUGCUUUUGUAACCUUCAGAACCAAAGAAUUGGCCAGUAAGGCUAUUAAGGAGCUUAACAAUAAAGAACUAAAGGGGAAGAGGCUGAAAUGCUCUACAUCUCAAGCAAAACAUAAGCUGUUCAUAGGUAAUGUGCCCAGGAAUUGGAGAGAGGAGGAUAUCAAGAAGGUUGUGAAUAAAGUAGGGCCUGGUGUUGUUGCCGUGGAACUUUUAAAGGACCCGCAAAACUCAAGUCGGAAUCGCGGAUUUGUGUUCAUCGAGUAUUACAAUCAUGCAUGUGCUGAGUAUGCCAGACAGAAAAUGUCAAAUCCAAAUUUCAAGCUAGACGAUAACUCUCCAACUGUGAGCUGGGCGGAUCCUAAAAGUGCAGAAUCUUCGUCUUCUCAGGUCAAAGCAGUCUAUGUGAAGAACUUGCCAAAAGAUGUAACUCAGGAUCAACUUAAGGAACUGUUUGAGCAUCAUGGGAAGAUUACAAAAGUUGUUCUUCCUCCUGCCAAACCUGGUCAGGAGAAGAGCAGAUAUGGCUUUGUUCACUUUGCGGAAAGAUCGAGUGCAAUGAAAGCUCUAAAGAAUACAGAGAAGUAUGAAAUUGAUGGUCAAGUUGUAGAAUGCUCACUUGCGAAGCCACAAGCUGAUCAGAAAUCUGCUGGGGGUUCGAACUCACAAAAGGGUGCUAUAUUUCCAUCUUAUCCACCUAAUAUGGGAUAUGGCUUGGUUGGAGCAUCUUAUGGUUUGGGUGCUGGAUAUUCGGGUGCAAACUUUGCCCAACCGCCCCUAAUCUAUGGAAGGGGGGGUGCUCCUGGAAUGGCCAUGAUGCCCAUGCUUUUGCCCGAUGGGAGGAUUGGAUAUGUCAUGCAACAGCCUGGAGUGCAGCCACACACCCCACCACCACAGCAAAGAGGCGGCCGUGGCAGUGGGGGAGGCGGAAGUUCAGGCGGGGGAAGACGUGGCCAUGGUCAUGACAGCGGGCGGGGGCGUAGCCGUUAUAAUCCUUAUUGAUUCUGAUUUAAAUUGGCUUCUGGUAUCUGUUGUGGUGAGGAGCAUGAAUCUAGUGCCUGUAGUGUCUGAAUUUAUUUAUGGAUCGUGGGAGUGAGUGUCAUAUUAUAUUGAAUCUAUCAUGACAAGUGAACAUGCCAUCGCCAAUUAUUGCAAAAAUGUAGUUCAGUGCA